AUGUCGCCACCAUCACCGACACCGACAACGCCAACGUCUCCCAAGAGGGAACGAGCUCGAAGCCGCAACAUCCCGGCUCAUGCCACAUCGGCUAUAGGUCCGCGAUCGACCGCAGCUGUAGAAAAACCUCUUACACAUCGCAACGUGUCAGAACCCACUUCUGACCGCGGUAAUCGUCGUGCCAAUCGAGCUGCCAUGACGACGAGUGGCGCUAUUAAGAGUAAACCUCCUCGAUCAUCGUCGCACCAAACAGAAGAACAGAAGAUGUCCAUUCGAGAAGCCAUGCCGACAAAUUCCAUGAGAGGUACUAGUACUCGCACCACUCGCAAUGCCGCUCUGGAUUGGGCCAGUACUUCAGUAGACUUGGAUGAUUCCUCGCGUCGCGACAGCUCGGGGUUCUCGCCCAAUGCGCUAUUGGAUCGUUACACGGCCGAAAUGGAGCAAACUGCCCGACAUAAGGAACAGGCUGCUCCGCAUCACACGUCGCUCCAGGCUUCGUCGAGUUUGUUUUGGGGAUCACCCUCGGGCAGCAGUCGAGGCACGGCACAAACUGCCAGCACGAGUGGUGCUGCGUCGAGCACCACGGCAACCGGAACUACUAGUGCGGCGGGUUCCGACUUGGACCUGACUAGCACCUACGGACGCCCUGCUCAUAUGCGGCGAAACGAUCAACAGGAGGGGGUUUUCGGAAAGAAAAAGCGGUUUGAACACGUCGAUCAGAGUGUGAAUCUGAUGGCCAUGACGGACGAUAGCAGUACCAUUGCCGAACGACGUAGACAACGCUUUACUACGUCCGGUCGAUUUGGAUCGACACAAGGAUCGGGAACACUUGCAGAGGGUGGCGACGCACGUCCCCGUCGAUUUCGCCGAGCAAAGGGAGGAGGAGGGGGAAAGAACAUCUUGCGUACCCUUUCAAGAGAUAUGACAGAAAUCUUCUUGGGCAACAGUUUCCGUAUCCGUAAAGAACAAGAAGAUGAAGGGGACAAGACGAUUCGAGAAGAAGGUUCCAAGGACGAUGACGAUGAAGAAGAAAUGGAAAUUUCCAUGAUGGCCUGUUGUCAGUGUCUCUGUUUGACGACAGUGUUAUUGGUCGUUGUCUUAGUCUUGGCAGGGGUCAUUCCAAUGCCUGGGGGCUCCAUUUCGGCGGAGAAGGGCGGUGAAGACCUGAACUCUUCAGAUGCAAUGGCAGAAACGCUCAUUUUGCCUUCUGCGACACCUUCUUUGUCGCCUGUCAUAUCGCAACAUGAGGCGAUGCCGUCUUUGCCACCAAAGCGAUUGCACUCGCCGCCUUUGCAAAUCAAGAGCGGUGAAGAUCAGGACUCUUCUGAAGCAACAGCGAUGCCCUCUACAGCACCAUCGGACGCAUCCUUGAAGCCCUCUACAACACCAUCUGACGCUCCUUUGAUGCCCACGACGACACCUUCUGACUCACCUUUGAUGCCCUCGACGACACCAUCUUUCUUGCCCACCACGACAGCUCAUUAUGAGCUCGAGCAACGACACCAUAACAGCCCUCGGUGGAGGGCCAUCGAAUCCAUCAUUCUUCAUGCCCACAUUAGCUCUGCCCGAGACUUGGACGAUGAGACCAGUCUUGCCCACAAGGCCCUAGAGUGGAUGUGCGAGACAGAUCCAGCGAGACUCGAUCCACUUGACUUUUCAGAUACUGCACACAUCGACUUGCUCGAGCGAUAUGCCCUGGUUGUCUUCUUCUAUUCCACACAUCAUUCAUCCAGUUUGAACAACAAUACCAGCACUGCCAUGUUGCACAGAGAAGACACGGUCGAUUCGAAAAGUUUGCAAGCGGCCUUGAGGAUCAACCCCCAUCUGUUGGAUCGAGAUGAGAGCAUGCAAGCUGCCUUUCUGGUCACCUCGAACAACGACGAGCAGAGCAGUGGGUGGCAGCACAGCUCUGGCUGGAUGACUGAGGCAAAUGUAUGCCAGUGGUAUGGAGUGCAAUGUCAUCGUUCUGGUCGUGUCAGCUCCAUCCACUUGCAGCGCAAUCACCUGACCGGACAACUCCCUUCUGAACUCCGUGCGCUUCGUGAGCUAGAGCACUUGGAUCUGUCUUACAACCAUUUGCACCAGGAGAUUCCUGGCGUCUUGUGGGAUACUAGAAUUUCGUGGUCCCAUCUGAUCACGUUGGAUCUUUCCAAGAACCGUCUGAGUGGCACGUUGCCUGAUUCUCUUGGUAGUUUUGCACACCUACAAAACUUCACCCUCGACGGUAACCUCUUUACAGGAGAGAUCCCAACGUCGAUUGGACGACUCACUAGCCUGCAACUCUUUAGUGCCCAGGACAACAUGCUGACAGGGUCGAUUCGAGAUACCUCUCCUAUCCCCACCUUGCGCUUUCUGAAGCUGGCUCUCAACCAGUUGUCUGGAGAGAUUCCUUUUCACUUAACUCGCAACAGAAAUCUAGUCGAACUUUCCUUGGGUUCCAACCGCCUCGAGGGUACUCUGCCCCCAGAGAUGGAUUCCUUGCAUAAAUUACAACGGCUCGAGUUGGGCGUCAACAAGUUCCAAGGACCUGUCCCGGACAUCUUUGGUCGUUUGCACAGCUUGCAGGUCUUGGAUAUACGGAACAACACAUUUGGACAAUAUCAUGAUGAACCAGAGAAACCGGCCAAGAUACCCACAUCUCUGGGGGCUCUGACCAACCUGAAGAUCCUCAAAAUCAACACAAACUUGUUCCGUGGUGCUAUUCCAGAAGAAUGGUGGAACAUGAAAAGCCUGGAAAUCUUCCAUCUGUAUGACAAUGACUUGAUGGGAUCUAUCCCAGAAGAGAUCAAUGGAUUCUCCAGGUUGAGAGACUUUCAAGUGCAAGACAGCUUCAUGACCGGCACUGUUCCAAAGCAACUGGGGGAGUGUCAGAAUCUCGAGAAGCUGAUGCUCUACAACAGCAAGUUUACGGGGACCAUACCAGGCGAGAUUUGUGAUCUACGUGGCUCUCGCAGCAAGUCCAAGCUGUCAAUUUUUGCAGCAGACUGCCACGCUGCAAUGCAUUGUGCCUGUUGCGACAGGUGCUACCGAUGA